AUGCUAAAGAACGUUAGUGUUAGACAACAUAGUAAACUUCGUUCUGAAAAACCCGAUAUACGGGUUUACUGGAGUCGAUGGAUGAUAUUAUUUCUUUAUAAUAUGUGCGCCUGUUUAAGUACUUUUCAGUGGAUUCAGUACUCUAUUAUUACUAAUGUUGUGCUUAAGUACUAUCAUAUUAGUGAAAGUGAAGUGGACUGGAGCGCAAUGUGUUUUAGUGCCAUGUGGCCCUUGACUUUUUUUCCCGUGUGUUUUAUUAUUGACAAAACGGGUUUAAGAGUUGCAGCCCUCAUAGGAGCCGUCCUAACCCUGUUAGGAGCUGCAGUCAAAAUAUUUUCCAUAGGAGAAAACCUAUUUUGGGUUGUUAUGAUUGGACAGACCAUAGUGGCUCUUUCACAGAUAUUCAUCUUGACAUUACCGUCCAAACUAGCAGUUACGUGGUUUAGAACACAGGAAAUAUCGACAGUUUGUUCUUUAGGCGUCUUUGGCUUAACGUUUGGCAGUGCUGUAGGAUUCGUAGUCCCACCGAUGCUAGUACGAGACAGUGAUAAUUUAGCCGAGAUUGGUAAUAACUUAAAGAUCAUGUGUUGGGGAUUAACAUUGGCUAUGGCACCAGUUACACUAGCUAUCUUCUUUUAUUUUCCAGCGGAACCUCCAUAUCCUCCAAGCCAAGCUAUGUUGGAAGAACGACAGAACAGACAAACAGUUACGUUCAAAUCUUUCAUUGGAUCAAUAAAAAGUUUACUUCAAAACAAAUCUUUCCUGUUACAUAAUUUGGGCUAUUCAUGUAAUAUAGGCAUUUAUUCUUCGAUUGGUACUUUACUAAACCAACUAAUUUUAAAUUAUUUUCCGGGGGAACAAGAAGAAGCUGGCCGAAUGGGACUUGUAAUGAUCCUAACAGGAAUGGUUGGGUCCAUUGUAACGGGUAUUGUCUUGGACAAAACCCACAAAUACAAGGAAACCUCAUUUGUUAUUUUUGUGUUCACUGCCCUUUGCUUGGGAGGAUUAACGGUGUCGUUGGAGAUGAAAUCUAAAUGGAUGGUUUAUGUAGCGAUUGGUAUGUUUGGGUUCUUUUUGAAUGGUUAUUUGCCGGCAGGAAUUGAAUUCGCCAUAGAAAUGACGUUUCCGGCACCAGAGAGUACAGUGACCGGGAUACUCAUGACGACAUCACAAAUAUUGACUGUUAUUCUCACUAUUAUUUUGGGCAUCGUCUUGGAGAAAUGUGGUGCCUUACUUUGUAGUAUUACGAUGAUUUCUGUAGUGGGUAUUGGUUGUAUUCUAACUCUAUUCACCCCCAAUAAACUGAAAAGACAGCAAGCGUUCAUGAAGGACAGAAACGUUUCUUUUACUCCUCUUAAACAAUAA